AAUCAUGUCCUAAAACCUCUCUAAAACCCCUUAAUUGUCUGCCUCACUCUCUCUCUCUACUUCCACAAGGUCCAAAGAACUAUGGCGCUCUCUCGUCUCCUUCUUCCAAAACCAGGCCUUCGGCUUCAUUUGCGCAAGAUAGGGCUUCCGCAAUCAUCAAAAAGAUGGUGUUCUUCUUCUUCUUCGCCUUUAUCAAGUGGAGGGACAGAGCAGUCAUCGCAUCCAAAGGAGGCGGCGGGGGAGCAGAGGGCAGUGGCUAUGGAACCGGACGUGAAGAAAAAUAUGGAAAUGCAUCCAGGGCUCUUACCAAAAGCAGCACAACUUAGAAACAAAGUUGGGGCAUCAUGGAAAGCUAUGAAAGGCAUUUUUACUAACUUAGGGGUAAAGAUGCUGCAGAAUCAAAUCACCAGCGAAACAUCAGAUUCUGCCGCUGAUAGGCCGGCAUGUGAGGCUACCAGACCACAGAACAGUCUACAUAAUACUGAAUUUGGUGAGCCCGAAAGUAAACUUCAGACAUCUGAAACUAUAGUAGAUUCUAACAGUAGCAAGGGGAGUAUUUCAACAAGUGUAGAAUCCCAUUUCAUUGGAGAAAGCUCUUUCAGGGAUGUGGCUGAUGCAACAGCUUCUGAGCCUAACAAUACAAGUAGUUGGCCAACAAGAACUGAGCUUGGGGACCCUGAAAGUAUAGUUAGAUCAUCAGGAGCCAUAAUAUAUUCUCUCAGUACUGAGAAAAAAAUUCCGACAAGUGGGCUAUCACAUAUGGAGGGUGAAAUUGCUUGUGAAGAUUUGGUGAAACUGACAGCUCCUGAGGUUAGUAAGGUGCAUAUUAGUCCAAAUAAUUUUAAAUUCAGUAAGACAGGAAGUGCAGUUCAAUCACCAGAAGCAUUUACAGAUUCUCAAGUUUAUAAGCAAAAAUAUUUUGCAAGUGCAUCUUCCAAUAAAAUGAGGCAAAACUCUUCAGAGGAUCAAGCGGAAGCUGAGCUUGAAAAUGGGCGCAGGCUGCUUGAUGGACUAUCCGGCAUGGUUGGGGACAAAAUUCAAAACACAGAGGCUGAGUACCUAACUUCCUCCCAUCGGUUACCAGGUGAAGCAUCUAGAACAUUGCAAACAAAUGGUGCAGAUGGAGUAACUUUUGGAGAUAGAAGUCAUCAGCAUGACAAGAAAGCUGCCACUUUUGUUCGAAUACCAGAUGUUAACUCUGAUUUGGGUGAAGUUGCUACAUCUAAUGGUGUCCCAGAGGACAGAUGCUUAUCACACUUGUUUAUAAAGAUGAUGAACGGCCAAUCAGCAGGAGAAAUGCCUUGUAAACAGAGCAAUUCUUUAACACCCAAUGCAUUUUCAGAAUAUUCAGAUGAAACAUUAUGCAAAGAUGGACCAACAGGUUUUGAUAUUAAAGGUCUAAUUGACUGCAUCAAGGAGCUGCCUAGAGAACGAUCAGCUGUUAAAUCUCAUGACAGUUCUAUCUGCAAUAAUACUAAGCAAGUCCGAGAUAGAGGCUUAGUUAAAAGAACAGAGCCUGGGGUUAAUCUGCAAGAUUGCAAUGCUAAAAGUAGACUAGCUUUGUUGAAAAGCCAUGUUAUGGGCAAGGAAAGUAAAAAGUUGAAUGAGGCUGAAGUGCCAAGUAUGGAUAUUCCCUUCACGACACAUAGUGAGUUGUGUGAGGAUGAGCAGGAUAGCAGUGUGGAUUUUGCAGCCUCUAAUGACACAGCAUCAAAUCCAAUUCCACAGGUUCCUAUUCUAGCCAACACAGAAGACCUAGAUAACAUCCCAGCUACAGACUCAACAAAAGAAAGAUCCAUAGAGAACAAAGUAUUGGUUAGAUUUUUGUUGACGAAACUGGAUAACACUUAUAUUAUGUCUGCAUUUAAGGAUUGUGGGUCCAUUGUGAAGAUACAAAAACUUCCCUCUGUUAAAGGGAGCAUCUUCAUAGAUGCCUACGUGCAUUUUACGACAAGGAAAGCAUUGCAGAAAGCUCUCAAGAAAACUGAUCUGAUGAUACAUAAUGCAGAUGUGAUUGUGGAAUCAACUUCUAUUACAUCAUUUAUUUACUCAUCAAAAAAAAGAAUUCCCAUUCCUGAGCUAAUUGGUGAUCCCGAUGUUCCUGCUGGAUUAGUUAAGAAUCCCACCAGAACAGCGACAAUUAAACAAUUGGCUCAUAAUAUUAGCUCAUGUCAGCUGCAAGAAGCUCUCGCUUUCUGCAAAAGUGGCAUAUCCAACUUUUCCUUGGGUUCCUCAAGUUCUGUUGCUUACGUAGAAUUUGAGACAGAAGAUGCCAAAGAGAGAGCAAUUGCAGAACAUUCCAUACAAGUGUCAGGGAGGCAGCUAUUGAUCUUUAGAAUUGAUGCACCAAGGACGACAGUAGUACGCAUUUCGAACAUCAACAGCAGAGAACCGACGAUCAGGACCAUAUGCAAUCCUUAUGGGGAGGUCAAGAAUAUAUUAAGGAGACGUAAGGACAUUGUUGAUGUGCACUUCAAGCUCUGUGAAUGGCCUAACAUGUUACGCAUUCUCAAUUGUUUGAAUGGAAUGGUAGUAGAUGACCACCGAUGGGUUGCUCAGCCUGCUCCUGUAUUUCCACCGGAAGUCCUCCAGGUCCUGUGGAGUCAGCCAGAGGAAAGAAAACAUGUCAUUGCUACUAUUCGCAGUUUACUGCUUAACCUUGGAGGUCCUAUAGAUAUGAUUGAAGUCACUAAUCUUACAGCCAGAUAUUAUGGUGGACUGACUGAUUAAUCGUUGCAAAUUUUGAUAUAGUAAAGGUUGGCUAUCAAUUUUGCGGGGACAAAAAUUCCUCUUCAUUAGAAUUUUUCCUCGCUAAUUGAGAUUUAGAUAUAGCAGAUUAACUCUGACCCCUCAUAGUUGCUUUAGCAAAUCAUGUUUGUAAAGGUGCACAAAGUAUUGUAUUGGAACGACUAUGGCAAUUGAGAGAUCAACUGAUUUUGGCA